AUGGCAUUUGCUCUUCAUUCGCACUCUGCCUCUGUUCCGACCGUUGACGGAUUUAACUUCUCAGAUUGGUGCGAACAAAUUAAAUUCCAUCUCGGAGUUUUAGAUCUUGAUGUUGCACUUUAUACUGAGAAGCCAACUGCUAUUACUGAAACUAGCAGUGCUGAAGAAAGGUCCUAUUAUAAGCACCAGGACCGGUCUAACAGAUUAGGCCUAAUGUUUAUGCGAAUGAAUAUUGCGGGCAACAUUAAGACUGCUCGUCCCAAAACUAAAAGUGCCAAAGAACUUCUGAAACUUGUGGAAGAAUGCUCCCAAGCUGCUGAUAAGUCGCUUGUUGGGACACUACUGGGUACUUUGACCACCAUGAAGUUUGAUAGUUCACGUACCAUGCAUGAGCAUGUUAUUAAAAUGACAAACAUAGCAGCAAGAAGUGGAUGGAAAUUUCCUUGUACAAUUCAUCACCAACUCAUUACCGUUUGA